CGGCGGGAAGCGGAGGCGGAGGUGACGCGCUAGGGCCGGCGGGCCGGGCCAUGCAGCGCUCCCGGGCGGCCGCGGACGAGGCGGCCCUGCUCCUGGCCGGGCUGGCCCUGCGGGAGCCGGAGCCGACCGGCGACUCCUUGGGCCGGGGCCGGCGGGGGCCGCGGCCGGGGCCGGGCGAUGAGACGGCGCAGGCGCUGGGCCGCAGAGGGAAGGGCGGCGGCGGCGGUGCCGAGGCCGGGGCGGAUGGACUGAGCCGCGGGGAGAGGGGCCCGCGGCGCGCGGCGGCCCCGGAGCCCAGCGUGCAGCCGGCGGGCAGCCCACGGGCCAGCCUGGCGGGCUCCGACGGCGGCGGCGGCGGCGGCAGCGCCCGCUCCAGCGGUAUCAGCCUGGGCUACGACCAGCGCCACGGCAGCCCGCGCUCUGGCCGCUCGGACCCGCGCCCCGGCCCCGGGCCGCCGUCGGGGGGCAGCGCCCGUUCCAGCAUGUCCAGUCUCGGCUCCCGGGGCUCGGCGGGCGCCUACGCCGACCUGCUGCUGCCCGUCUGCCCCGCGCCGGCCCGCUCCCCGGAGCCCGUCGGCCCGGCCCCCUUCACUCUGCCCGCGCUCCAGCUGCCCCCGGGCCGGGAGGGAGGCCCGAGCGCGGCCGAGCGGCGCCUGGAAGCGCUUACCCGGGACCUGGAGCGGGCGCUGGAGGCGCGCACGGCGCGGGACUACUUCGGCAUUUGCAUCAAGUGUGGGCUCGGCAUCUUUGGAGCGAGGCAGGCGUGCCAGGCCAUGGGGAGCCUGUACCACACCGACUGCUUCACCUGUGACUCCUGUGGGAGACGGCUUCGAGGCAAGGCCUUCUACAACGUGGGCGAGAAAGUGUACUGCCAGGAGGACUUCCUGUACUCCGGGUUCCAGCAAACGGCUGACAAGUGUAGCGUGUGUGGACACCUCAUCAUGGAGAUGAUCCUCCAGGCCCUCGGCAAGUCCUACCACCCAGGCUGUUUCCGGUGCUCUGUUUGCAACGAGUGCCUGGAUGGGGUGCCCUUCACUGUGGACGCAAAGAACAACAUCUACUGCGUCAGGGACUAUCACACGGUUUUUGCACCAAAAUGUGCCUCCUGUGCCCGUCCUAUCCUCCCUGCACAGGGCUGUGAGACAACCAUCCGUGUGGUGUCCAUGGACAGAGACUACCACGUGGAGUGUUAUCACUGUGAGGACUGCGGGCUGCAGCUGAGCGGGGAGGACGGUCGCCGCUGCUACCCGCUGGAGGGCCACCUGCUGUGCCGCCGCUGCCAUCUGCGGCGCCUGCGGCCCGGCCCGCUGCCCUCGCCCGCCGUGCACGUCACCGAGCUCUGAGCAGGGGCCGGGCUCGACCCAGGGCCGGGGGUGCGUGUGCCCGUGGCGGGGGUGCCGGGUGGGUGGCCCCGGGCGGCGUCGGAGCUGGGUGCCAGGGCCCCAGCCCACCCUCCCUUCCCACCGAGCUGCUGGCCGCAGGGGCCGGCCCCGCGGCGUCCUCUACUCCUAUUUAUUCACUGGCUGGGCCUCCUCUGGCUCUGCCCGCCCCAGUCCCAGCCUGGCCCUUCCUGGUUCCCAAGGGGCCUGCGACCCUCUCCCAGGGCCCUCCGGGGCUGGAGUGUGGCUGGAAGGGCUCGGGGUCACAGGGGGGCGUGAGGAAUGAUGUCCUUGGCUGGUAGGGGCUGCAGGAGCUGUGGCCCUGCCUUUGUCCAUUGUGGCCACUGUGGGGUUUGGCGACGGGGACUCGGAUGGAUGGAUGUUUUCAGCCACAAUUCGGGGCUGGUUCUCCCAGCUCAGGGACUGUUGCCUGCCCCAGCGCCAUCCCUCAGCCAGGCGGAAAGAACCUUCCCAGCAAAAUUCCAGCCACAGGCAAGGAAAGCCCCUGUGCACCCUGUGUAUCUGCUCCACAACAAAAGGAUAUGAUUUGACUUAAAUUAAGUUUUUCUUUUGAGAAUAUUUUCAUUUUCUUUAAAAGAAUAUAGUUUUCUUCUAAGAUUUUGGGCCAAGGUUGUUAUUUCUUAAAAAAAAAAAAAAA